AUGAAUGCAGCUCCUACAAUGUCACAGAGGUGUUGGAUUGACGACACCUUCUGCAAGAGGGAGUGCAUUAAAUUCAUCCCAGCAUGCCGAGACCUACACAGAUGCUGCUGCGGACAUCUGGUAGGGGAGCACACCUGGCUGGAGACUGGCCCCAUCCUGUCCCGCUGGCCUGGGCCCCAGGCAGUGCAAGAAGAGAGGUGGUCAGUGGAGUGUCACACACAAGCCAGUGCCACCGAUGCCUACGGAACCAUUGACUUCCAGGACAGCACUGAACAUAACUGCCAUGCCAAGUACGUUCGUGUUGCGGUCGAUGCAAAGGCUGAGGCUCUGCUGCAGCUGAUGCUGAGGGAGUGGCAGAUGGAACGGCCUAAACUACUGCUGACGGUCCACGGGGGGGCAGAGAACUUCCCUCUCCCCCUCAAGGUUAGACAGGCCUUCAGCAAAGGCCUGAUCACCGCAGCCCAGAGCACUGGAGCCUGGAUAAUCACAGACGGCAUCAACACAGGUGUGUCCCUGUAUGUAGGGGAGGCUGUGAAAGCAUACGGCACCAAUGGCCGCAGGAAGAGGAACGCUGUAGGGGUCACGCCCUGGGGUGUAAUUGACAACCACAGUGACCUUAUAGGGAGAGAUGUGCUCAGGCCUUACCAGCCCCUGAGAAACCCCUUGAGUAAAACGGUGUGUUUGAACAGCCUGCACUCCCACUUCCUGUUAGUGGACGAUGGAACUCUGGGAAAACAUGGCUGCCAGCUGGGACUCAGGAGGAAGCUGGAGAGACACAUUCAACUGCAGAAGAUCCAUCCUAGGGUUAACCAGGGUGUGCCAGUGGUGUGUGUGGUGGUGGAGGGCGGCCCUGACAUUGUGUCCAUGGUGCUGGACUAUGUGAGCAGUGUGCCCCCCGUGCCUGUUUUCGUCUUCGAGGGAUCAGGCCGAGCGGCUGACUUGCUGGCAUUCUUACACAAACAGACCGCUAUGGAUAGGCAGCUGGACACAGACAUCAAGGAGGACUUCCUUCUGAGGAUAGGGGGCAUGUUUGGUCUGGAGAGAGCAGACGUAAACCAGCUCUACAAACUUCUGAUGGAGUGUAUGGACUACAGACAGUCUAUCACAAUCUUCGACUCGGAAUCCGAAGAUCAACAGGAGGCAGACUGCGCCAUUUUGAUGGCAACACUGAAAGGUACCAAGGCAUCUCCAGCGGAGCAGCUCAGUACGGCUCUGGCUUGGGACAGAGCAGACGUGGCUAACAAACACAUCCAAGUGUAUGGCCAGUACUGGCAGGUUGGCUCGUUGGAGCAGGCCAUGCUGGAUGCUCUCAUCAUGGACCGGGUUGGCUUUGUCAAACUGUUGAUCGACAACGGUAUGACCAUGAACCGUUUCCUGACCGUUUCACGUCUGGAGGAGCUCUAUAACACGCAACAGGGACCAACAGACAAUUUCCUCCAUCACCUUGUGGAAGAUGUGAAACAGAACCAUAUACCCAAAGGAUACAGAGUCUCCCUCAUAGACGUUGGGCAGGUGAUUGAAUAUUUGAUAGGAGGAGCCUAUCGGAGCACAUACACACGGAAACACUUCCGGGCCUACUAUAACCGCCUACAUACCCACCGCACGGACACUGGACUGGACAGGAUAGUUCAGGACCCCGGACCAAACAGGGAAGCCUGCACCCUUCACCCACCCCAAAGCCCUAACAACAGUCCGUCAUGCCCGCCUGUCUUCCACACUGCUCAGCCCUACAAACGCAAGGAGAGAUCCAUGGUCCCCAGGGACCUGAAGGAAGCCCAGCAGCAGAGCUCCAAGCUGGGCGACUCUUCUCUGGUUGUGUUCAACUUCAACGACCUGUUUGUGUGGGCUGUGCUGCAGAGGCGCCAGCAGAUGGCGCUGUUUCUGUGGCAGCACGGGGAGGAGGCCAUGGUCCGGGCUACGGUGGCUUGUAAGCUGUACCGCGCCAUGGCCCACGAGGCUCAGCAAAGCAACAUGGAUGACACCACAGCGGAGCAACUCAAAACCUACUCGCUGGACUUUGGUCAACUGGCUGUAGACGUGCUGGACAAUGCCUUCAGGCAGAACGAGCGCAUGGCCAUGAAGUUGCUGACCUCGGAGAUGGAGGCCUGGAGCCACUUCACCUGCCUGCAGAUGGCCGUGUCCUCCCGGCUCCGCCCCUUCGUCUCGCACUCCUGCACCCAGAUGCUGCUCACCGACCUGUGGACCGGCCGCCUCAACAUGAGGAAGAACUCCUGGUUCAAAAUCAUCCUGAGCAUCCUCAUGCCCCCUGCCAUCCUGCUACUAGACUUUAAGAGCCAGGCGGAUAUGUCCCAUGUGCCCCAGUCCCAGGAGGCUUUGCAGUUUAUUUGGGACAUGGGAGGACCAGAGGCAGCCCAGGAGGAGGGGCAUGCAGUAACUCAGGAGGGCCAGGAUGUGGAGAAGGGGUCAGCAUGCUGGGAGAGGAUCUCAGACCCCGAAGCUGACACAGUCAUACCCGUUACCACGCCGUGUCUCUUCUGGACCAGGAGGCUGUACGAGUUCUACAACGCUCCUGUCGUCAAGUUCAUGUUCCACACGAUGUUCUACCUGGCCUUUCUCAUGCUGUUCUCCUACACUGUUCUGGUGAAGAUGGAGGAUCGUCCCAGCACUCAGGAGUGGCUGGUCAUUGCCUAUAUUGUAUCCACCGCGGUGGAGAAAAUAAGAGAGGUGUUCAUGUCGGAGCCGAGGAAGCCCAGUCAGAAGCUGAAGGUGUGGUUCGGAGAGUACUGGAAUGUGUCUGACUUCCUGGCCAUCCUCCUCUUCCUGGUGGGGCUGGUACUGCGCUGGCACAGCGGGUCCUACCAGACGGCAGGGCGGAUCACCUACUGCCUGGACAUCAUCUUCUGGUAUGUCCGGAUGCUGGACCUGCUAGCGGUCAACCAGCACGCUGGACACUACCUCACCAUGAUCACCAAGAUGACCAGUAACAUGUUUUACAUUGUGGUCAUGAUGGCCAUCGUGCUGCUGAGUUUCGGGGUGUCCAGGAAGGCCAUCUUGUCUCCAGACGAAGCUCCGUCAUGGAGCCUGCUAAGAGAUGUGGUCAACCAGCCGUACUGGAUGAUGUUUGGAGAAGGGUACCCUGAUGAAAUAGACGCCUGUGCAGAAGGCAAGCCGUGUGCCCCCGGGGCUUUCCUCCACCCUUUCCUCCAGGCCGUCUACCUCUUCUUCCAGUACCUCAUCAUGGUCAACGUCCUCCUUGCCCUUCUCAACAAUGUCUACUUUAAAAUGAAGUACGCGUCCAAAAAACUGUGGAUGUACAACCGUUACCGUUACAUCAUGACCUAUCAGGAGAAGCUGUGGCUGCCCCCGCCCCUCAUCAGCCUGAUUCACAUGACCCUGUGUGUGACCGCCAUUUACCGGAAACACAGGGGCUUGUCUGAGAAGGAGAGGGACUCCUGUCGGCUUAAGCUUUACCUGGGCCGAGAGGAGCUGAAGAGGCUUCAUGAGUUUGAGGAUAGGUGUGUGAUAGCGUAUUUCCACAAGAAAAAACAAGAUGUUCUCUGCAGCCAGAUCCACAGGAUCCGAGCCACUGCAGAAAGGGCUGAGGAGAUGGAUUUAGUUAUUGGUGAGGUGUCUGAAAGGGUCCAUUUCAUCCAGGACAGGCUGCAGGUGCUGGACAGCCAGCUGGGCCAGCUGCAGGUCCUGUCCGCCCUGGCCGUGGACACCCUCACCCUACUGUCGGCCUCUGACAGCCUGCAGCAGAAGGAAGCCCACCUGGGACACUGCCGGCCAAUUGCCCACUCCCAUCACCUCUCACCCAACAGCUGUACCCUUCCCCACAUUGACAUCACGCCCUGCCACACACCCAAGGCCUACCUCAGCACCCCACCCUCCCUGCUGUGGGGCCACACCUCCCGCAGCCACCGUCUGCCACUGGAGUGGCACCCGGGAACAUGGGGGGAUGGUGGCCAUGUGGGGUGGGGGGCUGGCGAGACAAAAGAGGAAGAGAAGGUACAGAGUAUCAUAGUGCAUCACAGUAGCGAGGAAUGGCCGGUUGGUUAUGGCUUUGCCCCCCAUGACUCUCUCCCUCACCUGGGCGGUGCAGGGCUCAGGGACAGGACCCCCUGUGAGUCGUUCGGGCCAUCCCACUGUGGUUCUCUGGAACCCCCCCACUGCAAACCCUGGGCCUACUGCGACCCUGAGAUGUCCAUGGAGGAGAACGAAGAGGGGGAGGUUGGGCAGCCCUUUGAUGUGGAUGUGUUGAGGGCCUCUAGCCAUGACUUUCUGUUGUUGGACCCCCAGGACGAGAGAGGCUGUGGGGCCAUGGGUUUGGUGAACCCUUCCUUCUGUAAGGAUGACGACCCUGGGGCAGCUAGCUCCAGACUGGGCCAGUGGGGCAGGAAGUGUCCUCGUCGGUGGACAUGUCUGUCCAGGGACCAGCCGCACAGACACAGCCACUCUCCUUCCUCUAGCAUGGAGAACAUGGCUCUAUCUAAUCCCUCCCUGAGGCCACUACAAGCCUCUUUCCCCGCCCUCAACUGCCUAUCAGGGGAGCGGAGCUUCACAGCUGACAUACCCCUUGGCUGCAGUAAAAGCAGAGAGUGGUCCAAGUCGUCUGACCUGGCGAUGACCUCAGGGAGCAGAGAGAGGUGUCAGGCCAGGAAGACAGUCAAGAUUUUGGAGGGGAGUUCUUCAGAUGCUGUGAAACAGGUGGACUUUUACCUCUCUGACGUGUGCAGGAAGAGGAGGCGCAGGGGAGGAGAGCCUGUGUGCUGGUCUGCAUCUGCUAGCCUCAACAAGUUCAAUUUUGAACCCCUGGAUUCUUUGCAGAAAGAACAUUUUUCACGUCAGGACUCCAGUCAGGCCGUGUGGACCAGCUGGGCCCGCUCUGUCAGCCGCAGGUCCUCAGUGCAGGGUGAGAUCGCACCUGAAGACCUGGACCCACACUACUCAGCCAUGGAAAAGAACAACCUGAUGAGGCUUGCUCACACCAUACCUUUCACACCUGUCUCCAUAAUUGCAGGAGAGGAGGUGAGUGUCUACUCCCUGGAGGAGGUGGAAGCUGCAGGUGCGGAGUCCUCCGUAAUCUCCUGGUCGCCCCGGGGGCUGUCUGCAGUGCUGCAGCCGCUGUCCAGCGAGGGCUGUCUAGAUGGGGCGCUGCGCAGGGCCAUGCGCGUGUUGUGUACCUGGGCCGAGGGGGACGUCCUGAGUGUGGGCUGUGUGUACGUGGUCAAAGCCUUCCAGCCCAAGGUGAUCCGCACCUGGCAGAGGGUCUUCCACAGCGACACCCCCCUCCAACUCUGUCUGCGGGAGAUACAGCAACAGAGAGCUGCUCAGAAACUCAUGCAUGUGUUCAACCAAGUCAAACCAGAAAACGUGCCCCUUUCUCCCAGGUUCCUGGAUGUGUCUCUUCUUCACUGUCACUCAGACGGACAGUGGUUGACCAUAGAGAGGAACAUGUUGGGUGACUUCAGGAAGUACAACAAUAACAGCGGAGAGGAGAUCGCCCCCUGCUGUGGAAUGGAGGAAACGCUCCUGGCCUUCUCCCACUGGACCUACCAAUACUCCUGUAGAGAACUACUGGUGCUAGACAUACAGGGAGUGGGGUCGGAGCUUACAGACCCAUCAGUCAUCCGAGCGGACGACAAAAGGUAUCCGCCUCACACGGUCUUGACUGGUGACAUGGUGUUUGGUCCUGCUAACCUGGGAGACACUGCCAUCCAGAGCUUUGUCCUCAAACACACCUGCAACUCCUGCUGCAAGAACCUCGGACUCUCAGACCCGAGAUACACGAUACUAGCAUCUAGAGGGAGCCUCGCCUCGGAAAUUCACUCCAAAACAAACAAGUGAGCAAACAGACAAACACACGCAAACAUUCAGCCAUACUGGUUUUGAUAUUUUCAAAGGUGCUUUUUUUUCCCUUUUUUUCUUGUGUCCUCUCCAAGAUUCCCAUAAAAUCAAAACAAAUUAUUAAUGAAAAAUCCAUGGACUUCCUCUCCGGUCUGAUCCAAUUAUCUUUUAAGUGGCAAUGACU